AUGGCGCUGCUCUUUCCCGCCAUCCGCGCGGCCCGGCCGACGCGCGCAUCGGGAUCGCGCUUCGGCGCAUCGGGACCGCACCCGGCGCGCCCCGCGCUCACCCGCGCGGCCGUCGGCCCGGUUCGACCCGUCGGCGAAGAUGAUCAUCGCCACGGCGUCGAUGGCGGAGCGACGAGGCGCGUCGCCCUCGUCGCCGCGCUCGCGGCGCCCAUCCUCGGCUCGAUCCCCCGCCCCGCCCCCGCGCUCGCCUCGGAGCUCGAGGCUGUCGUCACCGACAAGGUCUUCUUCGACCUCGCGAUCGACUCGGUGCCCGCGGGGCGCGUCGUCGUCGGCGUCUUCGGGGACGCCUCCCCGAUCGCCGCGGCUCGGUUCAAGGCUCUGGCGAUUGGGAUCCAGGGGCUGGGG